CUGAGGAGGAGGAGGCGGCCUGAGGCGGCCUGAGGAGGGCCGAGGGCCGGUCCGAUCCGGUCCGAUCCGGUCCGUGAUGCUGUGCCCGUGGGAGGAGGAGGGCGGUCUGGUGGGCCCGUUCUGGUUGCUGGUGUUGUCGGUGUCGGUGGUGCUCCGCAGCCCGGUGAGCGGCUGCCUCCUGGCCUGCGCCGCCUCCCUGGCGCUGCGCGCCCUGAGCUUCGCGCCGGUGGCCCCGCGCCGGGCCCUCAGGGUGCUCAGGCCCCGCGGCCGCGUCUCCGCCAUCGCGCACCGCGGCGGCGGCCACGACGCCCCGGAGAACACGCUGGCCGCCAUCCGACAGGCAGCUCAGAAUGGAGCAACAGGCGUGGAACUGGACAUUGAAUUCACUUCAGACGGGGUUCCAGUCUUAAUGCACGACGACACAGUAGACAGGACUACCGAUGGAUCUGGGCGUUUGAGCGAUCUGACUUUUGCUGAAAUUAGGAAACUCAAUCCAGCUGCAAAUCACAGAUUACGGAAUAAGUUCCCAGAUGAAAAAAUACCUACUCUGAGAGAAGCAGUUGUGGAAUCCUUAAAUCAUAACCUCACAAUCUACUUUGAUGUCAAAGGCCAUGCAAAUAUGGCUUCUGAUGCUCUGAAACGUAUGUACAUGGAGUUUCCUAAAUUGUACAACAGCAGUAUCGUCUGCUCUUUCUCACCAGGAGUUAUCUAUAAGAUGAGGCAAGCGGACCAAAAUGUCGUGACUGCUCUAACUCACAGACCUUGGAGUCUCAGUCACUUUGGAGACGGAAAACGACGUUUUGACUCUGUUGGGAAGCAUUACAUGUAUAUGAUGCUGGACGUGCUUCUGGAUUGGAGCUUGCAUAACUUCCUGUGGUACCUGUGUGGGAUUUCUGCUUUCCUGAUGCAAAAGGAUUGGAUAUCUCCAGCCUAUGUGAAGAGGUGGACUUCUAAUGGAAUUGAAGUAGUUUCUUGGACAGUCAACAGCUUUGAAGAAAAAGCAUACCACGAAGUCCAUCUUCAGUCUAAUUACAUCACCGACAGCAUGGUGGAAGACUGUGAACCCCAUUAUUAGGUUGCAGCCAAUUUGGGGGGGAUUGUCGGGGACCUAAUGACCUCCUCAGCCGUGUUAAGGACACCAGCAUUUAGGGCCCGGUUCGGGAGGCUCACAGCAGCACUAGAGAAGAGUUGCAUUUUAACUUAAAAGCCACCUGCCUCUUUGCCACCUCAUUGCAGAGUAUGUGUUCGUGUUUGUCUGUCUUUGCCCAACCAAACAGGAAGCGGCGGCGAACAUCACAGUUCUCUGUUGACAAGUGGGCCUUCACCUUCUUGUAAACUGGGAAGAUGAAUGCAUGGAAUUGCAUGAUAGUUCAGGCUUAAAACUGAUAUUUUUUUCAAGGAUCACGCUUAAAAAUUGACACCAAACUUUAACAUUAAACCCUACCUGAAGUGUACGGGGAAAACCCUGAUUUGAAAUCACACGACUGAAAUCAUGAGCGAUGCAUGGAAUAGAUCAUGCCCAGUAAACAAUCGGAGACUCUUGGGUGAAACUCAGGACAUCAUUAGCUUCUCCUGACCAUAACUGCCUCUACUACAACAAGAGCAUGGCAAAAAUGAGUUGUUCUAGUGGAUCCUCACACCCAGCAAUCACUGGUGUCUUCUUGGAAGUGACUAACAAUUCAUACAAUUAGCGGGAAGCAGCAUUGAAGAAUUGCUUUCCCUGAAGAGUUCCAAGCCCUUCUUGGCAUUGUGUGUUGCUUGGGAAAACAGGAUCUUGGGAAGAGUUAAAAAACUUAAAGCUUUCUGGGAGUGUAGUCCAAAGCAGGGUUUAAGGCAUACCCACUGGGUGCAGGGUGCUGUAGUAAGCACUUGGGUGAAUAUAAUACAAAAUAGUUGGUAGGCAAGCUUACAGUUGGGGGAGUAGAUAUUAGUAUUAAUAAAUAAUUUAUAAUAUAUGUAAUUUAUAGAUAUGUACAUAACUGCUGUGAGGCUGAGGGUGGGGUGAAUAUCAAAUGCCCAUCUAUGCUACUGAGCAUUGACCAAGCCCUAAACAUGGAAAAUCAGGACUGAUUCUGCCCAGUUCCCGGGCCAUAGGUGCUGGGAUAUCUAGUGGAUGUCUCCAAAGGGCCACAGAUGCUGGGAUAUCUAGUGGGCACCUCUUAAGGGCCACAGGUGCUGGGAUAUCUAGUCAACUUUUCUAGGAGUCCAAAGGUGCUGCAUUAGCUAGUGGACUUCUCUAAAGGGCCACAGGUGCUGGACUAUUGAAUAGAAUUUUCUAAAGGGCCACAGGUGCUGGGAUACUGAAUAGCAUUUUCUAAAGGGCCACAGGUGCUGGGGCAUCUAGCAGAUGGCUGUAAAGGGCCACAAGGCACAGGAUAUCUAGUGGACUUUUCUCUCAGCCCUACACUGUGCCACCAAAAGCCAUCCGGUCCAUGGGCAGCCACGCUGGACACCCCCAGAGCUGCUGCACUUUGGUCUCAGGAUUGUGGUGGAGCAGUGCCUGCCGUAGCCUGAGGUGUUUUCAGCCAUUCUGUGUCUGGCCUUAUUAGUUCCUGUCUACAUUUUCACUAAAUGAGAAAUCCAGUUAAACAGGAACAAAGCUUGUUCAGAUAACUGAACACAAUGAAAGUGAUUUGGCACAGUAUGAGCUCAAUUGUGUCGGUGUUCUCAACUUUUUUUUAUUGGUUUUUCAAACCAGCCUCCCUAGUUGGUUUUGGAUCAUUGGCUUUAAACUGUUCAUUUCAGUGUUUUUAAUAAUGUUCAAAUAAAGAUCUGCAGUAAGGUGAGA